UUUUUUAUUAUUUUUUUUUUUUUUUGCAUCUACACUACAGGUAAGAUCACAUUUUAUAGUCUAAAUUUUUGUUAUAUUGUGCACAUGUAUUUUGACUUAUGAAGCACCCAAUUUGAGGUAAGAAUAUUUCAAUAAUGGUACUAUUAUUUUUUAGGCUAUGUAAAAAUAAUAAUAAUAAAAAAGUUUAAUAAUAAAUUGAGUGUUCGUGCAUAUUGUAACAUAACGUGCGCAAGUUUUACGGCACCUCAAUGUGUGUGCGCCAAGUGGCGCUGUAGUCUCACAAAUUGUACAUCAAUUCGAGCUUAAUUUCAACGUCAUUAUCACAGAUGGCCAUUUUGCAAUGAACCCUUAUUUUCUGCGUCUCUGGCUUUAGACAAAAGAUUGCGGUUUACGUCGAGGAAACUUUUCAUCUUUUAUCCCUUCACUAACAGUUUUUUCUGCAUCUCAUUUUGGAAUAAUAUCCAAUGCUUUGUUGCUCCACGAACUGCUUUGUCCUUGCAUCAUAAGCAUUUGAUCAGACAAUGGAUUCUGAUUUGAAAACCCGGUCAUGGAGAAGGUAUGUCGCGCUGAUUUUACUUGUAUCAGUAUUUUAUCAAUCGGCUCUGGCUGUUACUCACUAUUCUAUUCCAGAGGAGAUGGAAGUUGGAUCUGUCGUGGCAAAUUUGGCCAAUGAUUUGGGACUUGAUGUACAGACUUUGAUUAAACGAAACGUCCGAUUAGAUGUUAUUGCUAACAAGAAAUACCUCGCCAUAAACAAAGACAGGGGGGAGCUGUACAUUCAAGAGAAGAUUGAUCGUGAACAUCUUUGUCCUCUUAAAACGACUAUGACUUGCUUUCUAAAACUGGAAGUUACUGUUGAGAAUCCUGUGCGAAUAUUUUAUAUAGAACUGGAAAUCACGGACAUAAACGAUAAUAAUCCUCAUUUUAGACGAGACACAAUCAAUUUAGAUAUCACUGAAUCUACAUCUGCGGGUGAGCGAUUUUCUGUCAGUAAUGCAGUGGAUUCUGAUGUCGGUUCCAACUCGGUUAAAACUUAUUAUCUGAGCCAGAACGAACACUUUGAUAUUGAAAUUCAGUCUGGGAGGGACGGCUCCAAAUUUGCUGAUUUAAUUUUAAAAAAGGCACUAGAUCGUGAAACUGAAGCAGUUCAUAAUCUGAUACUGACAGCAGUGGAUGGCGGAGUCCCUCCGCGUUCAGGAACGGCCAGCAUCGUCGUUCGCGUGUUGGAUGCAAAUGACAACGCCCCUAAAUUUGAUCAGGAGAGCUACACCAUCAGUUUAACUGAAAACGCACCCAUAGGCAGCCUGGUUGUUAAAUUAAAUGCAACAGAUCUAGAUGAGGCUUCUAAUGCCGACCUUGUGUAUUCAUUUAGUCUGUAUACAUCGGAGAAGACACAGAAAGCUUUCAGCUUAAAUCCUGAUAGUGGUGAAAUUAGAGUGAAGGAGAUGGUUAAUUAUGAAGACUUUAAAAUUUACAAUAUGGAGGUUAUAGCAUCAGAUAAAGGAACUCAUCCAUUAUCCGGCCAAUGUAAAUUAUCCAUUACAAUUACAGACAUGAAUGACAAUCAUCCUGAAAUUUCAAUUAAGUCAUUCUCAAGUCCAGUGAAAGAGGAUGUACCUGUAAAUACUGUAAUUGCAGUUGUUAGUGUGAGUGAUAAAGACUCAGGAGAAAAUGGACAGGUUGAUAUUCAUAUUUCUGAUGAUUUACCUUUUGCUAUCAAAGAAUCGUCAGAUAAUUAUUAUGAAUUAUUAGUUUCAGAACCGUUAGACCGUGAAAAGGUUCCAGAAUAUGACAUCACUAUUACCGUGACUGACAGGGGUAACCCACCGUUAUCUGAUAAUGAAACUAUAACUUUAGAGCUAUUGGACGUUAACGACAAUGUUCCUCAGUUCCCACAGACUUUCUACACGAUACCUGUUAUGGAGAAUAACGCGCCUGGAGCUUUACUGAGCUCUUUAACUGCUAUAGAUCCAGAUCUCCAUGAAAAUCAGUAUCUAGUCUAUUUUAUAAUAGAAAAGGAAAUAGUGAACACCUCCAUGUCCAUGCUGUUCUCUAUUAACCCAGAGAACGGGAAUCUUUACGCGCUAAAGACGUUUGACUAUGAGAUAGAGAAGGAGUUCCUUUUCCACAUCGAGGCCAGAGACUCUGGUGUUCCUCCGCUCAGCAGUAACGUGACCGUUCACAUUAUUAUCAUUGAUCAGAACGACAACACGCCUCUUAUAGUGUCUCCAUGGCGCGCGCACGGCUCGGUGGUGGAGGAAAAGAUCCAGAGAUCCACCGAUAAAGGAACUCUGAUAGCCAAAGUCAUCGCCAUAGACUCUGAUUCAGUGCACAACUCUCGAAUCAUGUACCAGUUUCUCCACAACACUGAUGCCACAUUAUUCAGCUUAGAUCAAUAUAACGGAGAGAUCCGGACCAUGAGAAUGUUCAGUUACAGAGACUCGCGCCACCAGCAGCUGGUUGUGAUCGCCAAGGACAACGGAGAGCCCCCGCUCUCUGCUACAGUCACCAUCAAACUGUCCACGGUGGAGACCGCCCUUAAAACCUAUGCUGACAUGACUGAGGUGCCUUUGGGAUAUGACAUCUUCUCCGAUUUAAACCUGUAUCUGGUGAUCGGACUGGGCUCUGUUUCAUUUCUUUUACUCAUCACUAUUUUGGUCACCAUCGUGCUGAAGUGUCAGAAAACGAAGCCAAGCAAAGCGGCUCCUCCGAGCAGGAACAGUGUGAUCAGCGAGAGGAACUCGACCAUCGCGGACUCCACUCUGGUCUCCAACGAUGCCUACUGGUACAGUUUAUUUCUAGCAGAGACGAGGAAAGGAAAGCUGGUGGUCAGACAGCCUGUGCCAAAGGGAGCGAGAUACAUCGUGUCCAGUAUACCGAGGAGCACAGGACUGACCGAGACCAGCGAAUCAGCUGCAUCUACACUACAGGUAAGCACUGCCACAUAGUGAAUUGAAAAAAUAAACAAAUAAAAAAAUAAUGGUCAAACAUAAGAUAUGGAUGUUUUUUGUUUUUCCCGGUGAUGUAAAAUGCCCUUUUAAGUUAACUUUGCACAUGCGCAUUUGCUUUUAUUUUGAUAGCACUUGACAAUUAAUCUGCUGAAAAUGUAGAUAAGAAGAUAAGAAAUAUUAUGCAUCACUUUUACACAAUGCAGUGUAGCUACUUAUUUUCAGAGAUAAUUUAGCUGCUUUUUAAACUUUAAACGUAUCUAAAUCAGGAGACUGUUACUUGUUUAAUUACCUGUUACGUAAUGCGUUUUUAUUGGCACAGUUUUGAAAAUCACCUGGUGCAUUUGUCAUUUGCUUUUGUUUGCAUAUAGUAUAUGAAAAGCCUCAUUAUAAUUUUUAUUAUUAUUAUUAUUUUUUUUUUUUUAUUAAAACCUUAACCAACGUAAAAAAAAAAAUAUUUUAAAAUACUUUUAUUAUUUUAGUCUGUAAGCUGCACUCCUCGCUCCUGUGCGCACAGAGUCGCUGUCCACCAAGGAAAUACUUUUCUAGUCAUUCUGCCAUCGUCGCCAUUAUCGCCUCUUCAUCUGCGGGCAACAUUGCAGUCUUUCUUUCAGGCAGGACCAUUCGUUCUUUCAUAUAUUGGUCCAGUUGUAUUUUCUUGCAUUGCGCGAAUUAUUUUCUUGAACCAUAUCCACGGUUUGGAACUCUUUUGACCUGGUUUCUGUGUGCACUUUCAGGAAAAUCGAAACAAUGGAACCUAAAGCACAGCUAUGGUUAAGGUACGUCUCGAUCCUCGUAAUCCUUGCUGCUGUGUUUCAGACAGCAGCUGCUGUUACUCACUACACAAUUCCUGAGGAAAUGGACGAAGGGUCUGUGGUUGCAAAUUUGGUGUCUGAUUUGGGAUUGGAUUUCAAAAGUCUUAGUAAACGUAAAAUACGGUUGGAUGUCGUCGCUAAUAAAAAAUAUCUUGACGUUAACAAAGAUACUGGGGAGAUGUACAUUUUAGAAAAGAUUGACAGAGAAAAUCUGUGCACGUCAAAGUCAGUUACAACAUGCGUUCUUAAAGUGGAUGCCACAUUAGAGAAUCCUAUUCGAAUGUUUAAUAUUGAACUUGAAAUAAUGGACAUAAAUGAUAAUGCGCCAAGUUUUCGUCGAAAUACAAUGCAUUUAGACAUAUCAGAGGCAACAGCAUCAGGGGAGAGGUUUUCCCUCACAAAUGCUGUAGACCCUGAUACAGGUUCAAAUUCCGUGAAGACAUACUAUCUCAGUGAAAGCGACCAUUUUAGUAUUGAGAUUCAGACUGGACGAGACGGAUCUAAGUUUGCUGACUUAAUACUGAAAACGUCAUUAGACAGAGAAAAACAAGCUUCACAUAAUCUGAUACUCACUGCUGUGGAUGGCGGAGUCCCUGCGCGCUCUGGAACAGCUAGCAUUAUUGUGCGCGUUCUGGACACUAAUGACAACGCCCCUCAAUUCUAUAAAGACAGUUACACUAUAAAUCUAACGGAAAACGCACCUAUUGGUAGCCUUGUAUUGAAAUUAAACGCCACAGAUAAAGAUGAAGGAACGAAUUCCGAUAUAUUUUACUCUUUUAGUCUAUAUACCUCAGAAAAAACGCAGGAGACAUUCAGU